AGAUAAUAAAUUAACGUAAACGACUGUGCCGGCGGCACUAUAUGUUUGUAACGUAGUCUCUUGCGCCGGCGACUAUUCGGCGUCAGUCCGUCAGUCGUCGCCGAACCUCCUCCCAGGGCCCAUCGCUAACUCAUCAACCACUCAACAUACUUAAACGAAUAGAAUGGGUUUAGAAAUUAAAUCUGUGUUGGUAGCCGACGGGGUCGGAUCUAACUGCCAAGAAAUCCUCAACUCACAUGGAAUCCAUGUCGUCAACAGACCAAAAAUUACCAAACAAGAACUUCUUGAAGAAAUUCCUAAACAUGAAGGCUUGGUGGUGCGAUCAGCUUCACAAGUGACCAAAGAAGUGUUGGAUGCGGGCAAAAAACUGUUGGUAGUGGGCCGCGCCGGCGCUGGCGUCGACAACAUCGACGUCGCCGCUGCGGGGGCCAAGGGAAUCGGUGUCAUUAACGCUCCCGGGGCCAACGCGAUGAGCGCCUGCGAGCUAACGUGCGGGCUGAUGCUGGCGCUGGCGCGGCACGUGGUGCCAGCAGCGUCGGCUCUCCGCGCGGGCCGCUGGGAGCGCGCACAGUACACGGGCACCGAGCUGCAGGGCAAGACACUGGCCGUGCUCGGCCUGGGCCGCGUAGGCCGCGAGGUCGCUGUCAGAAUGCAUGCCUUCGGGAUGACGAUCGUAGGAUUCGAUCCCUUCGUGUCAUCCGAGCAAUGCAAGGAGUUCCACACAACCAAGAUGGAGUUGGAACAGAUCUGGCCUGUGGCCGACUACAUCACCCUUCACACACCUCUCAUUGACUCCACCAGAAAUUUCAUUAACGCCAGUGUGCUGAAGAAGUGCAAGAAAGGCAUCAAGAUCGUGAACGUGGGUCGUGGAGGCCUAAUACACGAGCGGGACCUACUGGAUGCUCUCAACGCCGGCCAGGUUGGCGCCGCCGCAUUGGACGUGUUCGAGCAGGAGCCCCCCACUGACCCCCUCACGCUGGAGAUUAUCCAGCACCCGGCGGUCAUCGCCACCCCUCAUUUAGGUGCGUCAACCAAGGAGGCCCAGGUGCGCGUGGGCCAGGAGAUCGCCGAGCAGCUUGUGAACCUAGUGAAGCCGGGCACCUACCCCACGCCGCUCGCCGAAGUCACACGCGUGUUCAAACACUAACAUAUAUCAGUUACGAGUACGUGUUGUUGUAUGUACGUGUUGUGGAACUUUCAACUGUUCUGUGCCGGGAGAUUUCUAGGAUUAUUCUCAAAUCUAUUUAUUACCAUUACGAAUUAUUAAACGCGCAAAGAUUAUCUUAGUCCUCAGUGUGAGGUAAGCUUCACAGAGAAUUUCGCAACUUCUGCUUGGUACAUUUCUACUUACUAGCAAACAUUACAUGCACGUACAAUCUUACAUUAUUGUAAUAUAGUAUUAACUGAAUAUAAAAUUAUAUCGUUAAUAAACAUAUUUUUGUACAGUUGUUAUCUCUA